AUGCAGCUUCAUUGCCUGUUAGCGGUGGUCACGGUCGGCAUCCUUGGACAUACCUCAGCAGCGUUGAACGGAACUUUGCCGAAUCACCCUCUCAACGGAUGGUACCCUUGCCAUGAUUUCACGUUCUCGGACACUGCGGGCUCUACUGGCCAAGAAUUUUCUGAGUGUGCAGUUUAUACCGCUCCAUUGUGCUACCCUGGCAUCUGUGAGCCAUCCGAGUUUGCGAAGCCUACUGUUGACAUUUUCGUGAAGCGCCUUCCAGCCACGGUCGGUGAUGCCAAGACGGCCCACAAUGUUUGGCUUCUUGAAGGUGGUCCGGGCUACGCCUCCAAUAAGCUGGAGACACGCCUGGUAGAGCUCCACACUCUACUUGAGGGAGCAGUCAAUGUGUAUACCAUGGAUCACCGCGGCACUGGACGCAGCACGCUGCUUGAAUGUGUUGCUGCUCAAAUCACGACGACUGGUUCUACGUUGGGCAUUAAAAUUCAUCCGUCCGAAGUUCCGUCUUGUGCGAGGGAGUUGCAGAUGAAGUAUGGAGAUCUCGCGUCGUUUUCCACGACAAGCGCUGCCAUGGAUAUAUCGUCGUUUAUCUCCAAGUUUUCGAAUGGUGCGAGCUCUAUCGUCUAUGGAAAGAGCUACGGGACUGUGGUGGUAGAACGUCUGAUGCUCCUGAAUACGCCAACUGUUGCUGGAUACGUUCUAGACGGCGUUGUGACCACUUCAGCUGCGUCGCCUAAAUACAUCUCGAACUGGGAUGAUGAUGUCGGAGAAGUGGCCGAACAUUUCAUGGAGUUGUGUGAGCAAGAUAGCACCUGCGGCUCGCAUUUCCAGUCAGCAAAUCUGUCCGUCACGCUUCAAGAUCUGAUAACGAGGAUUGACAACGACCCCAACUCAACUUGCGCUGCUCUACUAAGCAACUGGACUGAUUCGACUUUCACUUCGCCGUCAUCUGUGCUACGAAAGACUCUCAGUGAGAUUUUGAAGAGCACAAAAACGCGAACGCUCAUUCCGCCAGUUGUGUAUCGAUUGAAUCGCUGUGACUCGAAUGAUGUGGAAAUCCUGAACCAAUUCUUCACGACAAUGAACUCUUCCCCGUCCUCUGAAGAAACGCCUUUCCGGUCGGAAUUGCUGUUCAGACUAAUAAUCUUCUCCGAGUUGUGGCAGAGGCCAUCUCCUUCCACCAAUGAGAUGGAAACGCGCUUUACCAAUGCGAGUAUUGCGGAUGGAAUCUAUGAGAUGCUUCCGCUGUAUUGUGCUUUCUCAAAAGAAAAGUCUGCAACGUGCGAUGAGUUAAGGCUCGGCAACUACGAAGGUGAAGGAAUCAUUUACCAGCGUGACCAGUACUGGGGCAAGCGUGUUAAAAUACCCACCCAGGCCAGUGUGCUGCUGAUGAGUGGCAAGCUGGACCCACAGACGGCUCACAAAUAUGCCGAGUAUCUGUUGGAUGCUCUUGAUGGCUCAAACAAGGAGCUUAUCACGUUUGACUACGCUCCGCACAUCGCGGUGUCAUCCAAUACCCUUUACAACGAUGCCACUGGAAUCACGCGGUCCUGCGGUAUGGACCUACUGGCCUCGUAUGUCAGCAAUAACGGGGAUCUGCAACAUCUGGACCGCUCGUGUAUGAGUGAAAUGACCGCGUUUAACCUUACGGUCCCCAUUGAAUAUGUGCAAGACUACUUUGGUACCAACGAAGCAUAUGACGGUGUCUACGAUGCUAGCUUCAGUCUAGCUGAAGAAUAA